AUGCCUCCCAUCACGAAAUUCUGGCUUAGUACUCUCAAGGAUAAGAAAUCCACAGACUCCCCCGAAUUCACUCAACUCCUCGCAGACAUCCUCACAUUAUGUUCAUCUUACACAAACCCGGACACCGCAUCACCUCGGAUGCAUGCAUUGUAUCAAGAUAUCAAUAACCCGGCUCAACUUGUGAUGAUCACUGGUUAUCCGUCACAGGAGCUGAACACCGAAGCGGACAAGUUCUACGCCGCAAAGUACCUUCCUCGAAUGUUUGAGCAUGUCCAGCACGUUUGGCUCAAACAAUUGGACAUUGAUGUGACAACGCUGCACCUUGACGACGACAGGCUAGUCGUGACCCAUGGGACAGCACCGUCGACCUGGAAGGAUGGCAAAAGUCCAGGUGGUUUGGACGUUUGGCAAAAAACAAGACAAGCACUGGAUAACGAAAAUGGCGCGAGAGGUGUUGAAAUUCUUGACAACCCUGUUGACGCGGACUGGCUUCAGGUUUCAACAUGGGACGGAGGUGCCCAAAAUGCGGCAAAGCCAGAGGCGGGAGGUGUCUUUUACCCCAGAAAGGUAAUGGGACGCUAG